AAAAGUUGACCCACUUGUGCAACCUUGGCCUUGUCAGUCACUCUCUUUGGAAGAGAUGGACCAGGUAACAAGGCAGAGAUUUGAGUCUGUGUACAUCUAUGAUCUUCUGAGGUCACUAGUCAACUUAUACCUGUAUUACCUGAAGGACAAAGAACUUGUGAAGCCAUGUUCUUAGUUGCACGAUGGUAAACAGUCUCAAGAGAGGAUAAGCUAUCUUUGCAAAGACUAGCUCUCAUCUUUCUGGGAGUUUUUCUCUGGGCCAUACCUAUCUUAGAAGAAGCUGGCUACUGCUCUAGUGUUUUCUUUGGAAUAACAGACAAGAUCUUUACCAAGUCAAGAGUUCCGACAUGGGAACUUUGGGGAAUUGUAUUUUUGAUUGAGUAAUAGCCAAUCUAUAGCCUAAAUCAAUACAAAACUUUUCAACUUGCAUACUCUAAUUAGUGUAAAAGACCAUUUACAUUCCUAAGGACUUGCUGAUCACCCAUUGAACUCUUACGUUUUUUUAUCCCUGAAAAUUGAUGCAAAUCUUCCUAAUAUUCCACAUUAUCUGCAUGUUUGUUUUGAUAUGAAAUCAUUCUCCAAAAUUUUUCAUGUUAAAAUUGAUCCUUAAAACAGCUGUGCCAUGUUGAUCCUGGAAACUUACUUUCUACAAAAACACAGCUUUAUAUCCUCUAGAUUCUAGAAUAUGCACGUUCCAGUUUAAGAAGCCUGUAUGGAUCCAAACAACCACUACCACCGUUCCAGAUUUAUAGAGAGAGUGAAGUCAACAAAACAUGUAGCUAUUGUAACACUCAACAUUUGGUACGAUAUUUGGGGAUCAUAUGGUUGGGAUAUCUGAGCAUAUUGGACCAUCUAAAAGUUGUGUCUAAUUGGUUUCUUCUUUGCAAUAACAAAGCACCUCAUAUACUUUAAAGUUGAUAUAACAUCUAGAUAGAGCCUAACUUACAUCUUUACCUUGUCAUAAUACAAUAGCAACAACAACAAGCAUCUCUUUCUUUCUGGAACAAAUUUAGCAACAGACCAGGUAGCCUUUUUCCCCCAUGUUUCUUUUAAGUAUUACCUGUUGGGCAGAAGGAGGUCAUAACAUGAUGAGUGGGAAACUUUUUUAUAAAGAAAUUAAGAGAAUAGUUAGAUCAAUAUUAUAAUGGAUAUUCUAGUUCUUGGAUUUCUCAUGUGAUACCCUGAAUUUCACAGUAUUUCUCUAGGUUUGAUUUCCCCUUCUCUUUCCUAAACCUUAUAUUAAAUGAAGCCAAUGUAUGCUUUACACUGCAUUGAGACACAAGUGUUUUGAGAAUAAGGAUUUAUGCCCACGACAGAGAGUGAGCCUAAGGAGGCUAAAAAGAACAAAAACAGAAGGCACCAGAGGGACUUUUCAUCUCUGGUGUCCAAAUGAACAGAGAAAUUCAUUUCAUUUUGAAUGUAUAGGCUUAGUUCAACCACAAGACUGUACAUACUGGUUUGAGGACUAGACUGUUAGCCACCAUGAGGAAGGAGCUUAAAACUAUAGGCAACUAUGACAGCUUGGGUCGUGAGUCAUGGAGGAUUCUAUCUUCUUUUUGUUCCCAUGUUCUCCUUCUUGAAGAAUUAAUUUAAAAACUCUCCCUUUCUUUCUACCUAAAACAUAAUUUUUAGCCAAACACUUUCCCUUUGCUCCUUAGAAGAGAAAGAAGAGAGAUUCUUUUGGUUGCAUUGGUGGGGAAAACAUUUACUAGAUAAAUCACGAUCUAGAUUGUAAUUAUGUUUCUCAAGUCUGAAAACACUGUAAUCCAACAUAUUUUGUCUUAGAUUUUAGGUGCUGUUUUUCCAGUAGACCAUCUAGUUUUGCCUAUAGCUAAACUGGAAUCAAUCAAAUAAUACAACUAUUUAGGAUAAUACAAAGUAUAGAGGAAGAUAGUAUAGUAUAAACUAGGUUAAGCACAAGAGCUCUAUAGUCAGACUGUCUUCAGACCCUAGCUCUCCCACUUUCUAGCUAUGUGACUUCAGAAAAUUUCUUAACCUCUUUAAACCCUAUAUGUCUUCAUUUGUUAAAUGAGGAUCAUGAUAGCACAUGCAUACUAAAAUGGUUCUAUGGAUAAAGUAGCUCAUGAAUAAUUAAGCACUUUUCACCAUGCCUAACAGUUAAUAUAAAAUAAAUGAUAAUUUGACAUAAGCCACUGUCAUCAGAGCCCCAGCACGAUCUUUGGGCUAAAAUAUAGUUACGGACAGGACAUACAGAUACAGUAAAGGACAGUAUAUUAGCCUUAAAAUCAUAAUGGAAUUUCAGAGAAAGAAUAGAGAGAUUUAAGCUUGAGUGACCUAGGAAGAUUUCUAGAGAGAAGAACAUAUAUUUGAGAAUUGAAAAAUGGGUAAGAUUUGGAUUAGGCACAAGAGAUUUCCCUCUAUUUGGAAGGAACAGGAAGGAGGAUGUGAAUAGGUAGACCAUGUGGUACAGAACAGGAAUGAUUGAGUGCCAUUGUGAGAUUAGGCUAAAAAAGCCAGAUCCAAGACAGACUGAAAUGUUUCGCAGAGGAGUGUGAAGAUGGACAUUUACACAUUAGAAAGGCAGAAAAAAUAUCUAAGGUGAAUAACAUGAUAAUAGAGAACCAGAUGGAUUCGAGAGGAGGAGAAGGGACAUGAAAGGCUGGAUAGCUAUCACAUGAAUCCAAAUGUAAGAUAGCAUUGGAGAGAGCUAACUGGGGCCAUAGGACAGGACCAAGGCAACACUGAACAGACAAUUUGGGAAACCAUCAUAUUAAACUAGAGAUGACUUGAGACUUGUAUCAUCCUUUCUUUUAGUAGGUCCAAUAUACUACCUAUGGAAGGAAUAAAUAAAACUACAAAGAUACAAUUCUUCUUUCGUCCAUUCUCACCUAACCCUGAGGUCCAGAUGGUGAUUUUUGUGGCCUUCCUGAUGAUGUACCUGACCAGCCUCAGUGGAAAUGCCACAAUUGCAGUCACUGUCCAGGGCAACCACUCCCUCCACACCCCCAUGUACUUCUUUCUGGCUAACCUGGCAGUUCUAGAAAUCUUCUAUACAUCUUCCAUUGCCCCACUGGCCUUGGCAAACCUCCUUUCAAUGGGAAAAACUCCUGUUUCCAUCACUGGAUGUGGCACCCAAAUGUUUUUCUUUGUCUUCUUGGGUGGGGCUGAUUGUGUCCUGCUUGCAGUCAUGGCUUAUGACCGGUUUAUAGCGAUCUGUUACCCUUUGCGAUACACCCUCAUCAUGAGUUGGUCUUUGUGUAUGGAGCUGAUGGUAGGGUCCCUGGUGCUGGGGUUCCUGCUGUCACUGCCGCUCACCAUUCUAAUCUUCCAACUCCCAUUCUGCCGAAACAAUGAGAUCUACCACUUCUACUGUGACAUGCCUGCAGUGAUGCACCUGGCUUGUGCAGACACACAUGUUCACGAGACUGCCCUCUAUGUCAUCAGCUUCAUCGUCCUAAGCAUCCCCCUCUCACUCAUCUCCAUCUCCUAUGUCUUCAUCGUGGUAGCCAUUUUACGGAUCCAGUCAGCAGAAGGGCGCCAGCGAGCCUUCUCCACCUGCUCCUCUCAUAUCCUGGUGGUCCUCCUGCAGUAUGGCUGCACUAGCUUUAUAUAUCUGUCCCCCAGUUCCAGCUACUCUCCUGAGAUGGGCCGGAUCGUGGCUGUGGUAUACACUUUUAUCACCCCCAUUUUAAACCCCUUGAUCUAUAGUAUGAGGAACAAGGAACUGAAAGAUGCCCUAAGAAAAACACUGAGAAAGUGCUAGGUAGAUUGAUCCUU